AUGCCGAGGGGCCUGGAGGAGCUGAGCCAGGCACCGGGCUGGGCCGGGCGGGUGACGCGGCGGUGCCCGGCAGUGGCGGCGGGCGAGGAGGUGCCGGCGGAGGUGGCGGCGGCGCUGGCGAGGAACGCGGCGCUCCGGGCGGCCGUGGGGCGCCGGGACGAGGAGCUGGAACAGGCCAUGGCCGUGCUGCGGGCGCUGCGGGGGGAGCGGGACCGUCUGCAGGGCAAGGUGAGGGGCCUGCAGGAUGCUCUGUCCAGCCUGGAGGAGCCGGGGGGCUCUGGAAGUGACGCCCCCGGGGUCAGCAGCCCCCUGAGGCUGCACCAGGAUCUGCCCCGGUGCGGGGACAGUGCUCAGCCCCACGGGGUGCAGCCCCUCAGGAUCCAGUCCCAUGGGAUGCAGCCCCUCAGUAUCAAGCCCCACGGGAUGCAGCCCCUCAGUUCUCAGCCCCACAGCCCCCUGUCCCCCCAGCCCUCAGCAGGUGCCAACCGGGAGCAGGAGGAGCGGCUGCAGCAGCUGCAGGGGUGCCUGGGGCGGCUGCAGGAGGUGAACAGGGAGCUGGCGGCCGCGCUGCAGGAGUGCAAGAGCGAGGCGGAAAGGCUGAGCAUGGAGCUGGGACAGCACGAGUCCCGCAGCACCGCCCUGCGCCUGGCCCUGCGCUGCAGCGAGCGCUGUGGAGGCGCUUAUGCCGCCCUGCUGGACCUGCUGCAGGCAAAGGUGGGAAGGGAGGACGGUGCCCGCGGGGGAGCCACGGAGGAGCCAAGCCUGGGGCACACAUGGGGGUCCAGCCCCACGGCCACGGAGGGGACGCAGCUCCUGGGCCCAGCAGAGCCGGACGGGCGGGAGGAGAGUGGGGCCAGCAGCUCCCCCGGGGCACAGAGCACUCCGGCGCCCCGGGGGAUGGAGGAGGGGGCCCUGCGGGAGCACAUCCGCCGGCUGCGCGCGGAGCAGGCGGCCAUGGAGGGGUCUCUGCUGGACGCCCCGGACCCCCCCGGGGUGACCCAGCACGGCCAGGACGCCCGGGCCCGGGCAGAGAGGGCACUGCGGGACGCCAGGGCACUGCUGCCAGGCUGGAGGAGGCCCGAGAAGGCGGAGCUGCUGCAGGACCUGGCGAUGCUCAAGGAGGCCAUGGCUGAGCUGAGGACGCGGCUGCAGCUGGCGGAGAGGGAGAAGCGGGGCCUGGAGGUGCUGCUGGCCGGGCAGGGCCCGCGGGAAGCUGCCCUGCGCCUCGUGCUCCAGCACCUGCAGUGGGAGCGGGAUGGGGGCACCCACCGCCCCCCCAGCAGCUCCAGCAGCUCCAGCAGCAGCGAGGGGGAUGCCCGGAUUGGCCGGGGCGGAGCGGCGGCUCCGCGGAACCCUCCGGAUCCGGAGAGGAUGAGGGAAGAGCUGCUCCGCACCUCAGCCAGGGCGGAGGAGCUGCGUGCCCGGGCACAGGAGCUGGUGCUGUCCCUGGAGCAGGGCAGUGCCACCAGCCGAGCACAGCAGGCACAGAGUGUCACCAUCACCACGGAUCUGUUCCAGGCACACAGCGCCCUGGCCCUGGCGUACCGCGGUGCCCGGCGCAAGCAGGCGGCCCAGGCGCGGCGCCUGGAGGCGCAGGCGGGAGCCCUGCGCAGGCAACAUUCCCGGCGGGAGCAGGCGCUGGCCCGCAGGCUGCAAUCCCUGGAGCAGGGCCCGGCCGGCAGCGAGACCUGCAUCUAGAGACCCCCCCCCGGAGCCCC